AUGCUAAACAUUUGUGUCCACGAGUUGCAAAACGUGACGGAUUACUGUGAAGAUUUAACUCUCUACAUUUUACUGAAACAGAAACAAAUGGAGGUAUUUGGAAAAUCUAUGGUAGCUGGCCCUACCAAUGUUAUUUACCUGUCUAGUAUUCUGGGCCAGGAUGGGCCCAAGCCCAUCCACAAGUGUGACUGGAAAUGUCAAAACGAACACGUGUGUGGCAAUAUGUACCGAUGCAGGCUAACUGGGCUGACCCACGUUUGUGACAAAAACUGCAACCAGAGAAUCUUGUAUGACAACCAUAGCUCCCUUUGCCGAGUGAGCAAACAGAUUUUUCCUCUGACUUUGGUGGAGCAGCAGGCUGUGAAGGGUGUUCGGAGAAAGCUCGACUCGGAGGGUGGGCCCACAGAGAGCUGUGGCUUCAAGCGGAGGAGGGACACUCAGCUUCACCGCCCAUCGCCUUUUGAGAGGUCGUUUAAUGCUGUGGGACCCAUUUGCAGCCCGGUUGGCGAUGUUAUGGAUACGAACUAGAGAGUUACAUAAUUUGCUAAUUUCAACAUGUCCUUUUGUCCCUUCUCCCUUGAUCUUCUUUCUUGCCUAGGAUGAAUUUGGGCUAUGUAGGAAAAAAAAAGAACUCUACUAUUGUCUUUCUGUUGUGGCUCUACUGAUUUGACAAGACUCGUAACUCGUAGGAUUUUUAUAAUGCUAUGUUCUAUGGACUUAUUGAGAAACUCGAGCUAGUACGCUAUUAAGGCAAGGCUAUGUUAGAAUGCCUUGUUUAUCUAUUUUACGGUGCACUACUAAUUGCUAUACUGUCAUACGCUGUUAUCUAUAAUUAUGACUUAAGCACCUCGACUGUGACACAGAAGCAUCCUUCUGAGUCUUUUGGUGGAAAUGUAUAAAUAUUUCAUUCAUGGUGAAUCUUGGGUGUACUGUUUGGUUCCUUUGUUCUUCAGGUUUGGAGGAGCUGCCAUAUUAUCUGGUGAAAUUUGUACCGGCUGACAUUUUUUAGUUUGGUUGACAUUUUUUAGUUUAUUAUGUUUGUGAUGCAGGGAAGGAGGAAGAUCUUAUUUCAUUUUGUUUUUGGAUUUGCUUCAUUUCCUUUUAAAUUUUUCCUCGCGUUCUGGUUUCUGUAGAACUCUGAUGCUAAAGUGGCUUUUCUUUUUUGCAGGAGCUGAAGCAUAUUCCAUUUGGGAGAUUUGUUUUAAAACAUUGUUUGUCGUACAAAUAAAUUAUACAAUAGCAGUAAUUUGCUUUCGGUUUUUGUGAAGCUUUUAAAUUUAAUUUUCUAUUUUUAUUUAUGCAGGAAAAUAGCAGGUUAGCAGCUGCCCGAGAAUGCGCCUCAUCUACUUGACAAUGACAAAAUUCACCCGAGAAACUAACAGUAAACUGUAAAGGAUCAUCUUCACUUCCCAUUUUGUCAUUUUCUUCUUUGUGACAAUGUAUUGAGGAAUGUGUGUUCGUCAUGCAUGCAUCAUCUACUUGACGGUGAAGAUAGUCUUUUCUCAAUGGCCAUAAAGAUUUAUUUCUAGUUUCGACUUUUCCAUCAUUUAACCGUGAAAGGCGUAUAUCCAGAACAUGCUAGCCCUGUAGCCCAGAAAUCAAGAAUGUGGAGAUCAUCCGAGCAACAUUUUUCUGGGGAAUCCUGUGAUCUUUUUUAAAGAAAGGGAAAUUAUCAUUCAGAUCAAAGAGCUGGAUAAGGUUCAUAGGGAUUCAGACUUGUUGUAAAGAUAAGUUUAAUUCUUUGUAUUUGAUCCUCUGUUUUGCAGACCAGAAACAGUGUUAAGUGCCCAGAAAUUCUUGUUUCAUGAUGUAACACAUUAAUUAAUGAUGAUGAUGUCUUUCUUAUUAUAUAAUUUUUUUAUUGUAUCUUAAUAUAUAUUCUGCAUGUGCUGGAGUUAAA